AAAGAUCUCAAUAACAUGCACAGCCCGUUGAUGCAGGGAAAUGAUUACAUCAGGAAUAUUGCAAUGACAAGUACUGAGGAGCCAUUUUUGAAGCUUCCAUUAUUUGGAAGGGUAGCUAAUUAAAAAGCCACUAUAGUAACUUGUGAUACGAACAAUUACCGGAUCCAUUCUCCAUUCUUCUACUCACUGAGACGGAGAGAAGCAUUGAUUGCAUUCUGCCAGCACCAAGCAUGAACCCUGUGUUGUACAGAGCAGCAACGCAGGGGGAUGCCGAAAAGUUGAGAGAUCUGAUUGAAAAGGAUCCCAAGGUCCUCAAUUCUUUAACCCCUCAAGACAACACUGCUCUCCAUAUUGCCGCAAAGCAAGGCCACAAAGAUAUUGCCAAGUUAAUCCUCAAAUCAUGUGAAACCCACCUUACAAUGGAAAACGUAGAGAGGGAGACCCCGUUUCACAUCGCGGCAAGGGCGGGGCACGUCGAAAUAGUGAAGUUGCUGGUCAGUUAUGCUGUGAAUUGGCCGGCGGACUUGGAGCCGGACCAAGGCCCGCUGAGGAUGAGGAACAAGCUGGGGAACACCCCAUUACACGAGGCGGUGAAGCAUCGCCACUCUCAGGCUGCAUGGGAACUGUUGGACGGCGACCCGGCCGUCGGGCAUCUGACAAACCUCAGCAAGGAGACGCCACUGCACAUUGCAGCGAGGGAGGGGUUGGCGAGUGUGGUUAGGGAGAUUUUGGAGCAUCCAUGGGUAGCAGAAGAGGAGGAGAUGCAGCCACCGCAGUCCGGGACAGGCUCACCCCUGCACCAGGCCGCGCUCGGCGGCCAUAUCAACAUCAUGGACAUGUUAUUGACUGAGAGAAGUGAUCUCAUCAAAGUUGUUGACGAAUCCGGCGACACUGCUCUUCAUUAUGCAGCGCGAAAGGAUAAUGCUAGGAUGGUGGAAAUGCUACUGAAGAAGGACACUUCGCUCGUAUAUGUUACCAACUAUGACGGGCAGUCCCCUCUUCAUGUUGCCUCCGAUUCCGGUUCAAACUUGGUGAUCAAGGAGCUCUUGAAGUAUUGUCCCGAUGCUGCAGAGCAGGUAGAUAGUGCAGGCAUGAAUGCGCUUCACAUUGCCGUCAUGAGCGGAAAGGUGAGCUCGUUGAAGUGCUUACUGAAGAAUAUACAGCCGGAAGAAAUCAUUAACCAGAGGGAUGUCAAUGGGGACACUCCUCUUCAUUUGGCUGCCAAGCAUUCUAGGAUACAAUCAUCGCUCCAGCUGAUUGACGAUAAGAGGGUGGAUCCCUGCAUCUUGAACAACAAAGGUUGCACAGCUCGGAAAGUGAUUGAAUCUCUGGAACCAUCGGAACCAUUAGGCCCAUAUCAGAUGUACAUUUGGAAGAAGUUAAAGAAGCGUGAAGCCAAAAAAUUCAGCAAACAACAGCUCCCCAAAAUAGGAAUGUCCAGAUCAUUCCGAAAGAAGGCAUCAGUACCUGAUGAGCACUUCAAAUUAAGCGUAGAGACCUAUACUUUGGUGGCUGCACUCAUCGCCACCGUUACCUUCGCCGCCAGUUUCACCAUGCCCGGCGGUUUCCAUCAACAAUAUGGCUAUGCCUUACUGGGUAAGCAUGCAGCCUUCAAGGCUUUUGUGAUCUCUAAUACCAUUGCAAUGUGUAGCUCGAUCAUUGUCAUCUUCUGCUUCAUUUGGGCAUGGAAGGAUCCAGUGCGCUUUAAACUCUAUCAGCUGACAUGGGGCCACAGGCUCACCAUUGUCGCAUGCUUGGCCAUGAUAAUCACACUGAUGACAUCGGUGUUUUUGGUUGUCCACGACGAAUGCCUUUGGUUAGCAAUUGUGGUGAUCUUGAUUGGUUGCAGCACGCCAUUCAUUGUUGGGGCUAUACUGGGUAAAGAUGUAAUGUUCAUUCCUCUGUAAGGAG